AUGUUCCGCUCGCUCUCGUCCACCGUCCGCACAGCAGCCCCCCGCGCAUCCCGCCUCGCCCCGCGCCCCGUCCUCGCCCGCGCAUACCACGAAAAGGUCAUCUCCCACUACGAGCAGCCCAGAAACGUGGGCUCGCUCCCCAAGAACGACAUCGACGUCGGCACAGGCCUCGUCGGCGCACCCGCGUGCGGCGACGUCAUGAAGCUCCAGAUCCGCGUCGACGAGCACGGCAUCAUCUCCGACGUCAAGUUCAAGACCUUCGGCUGCGGCAGCGCCAUCGCCUCCAGCUCCUACAUGACCGAGCGCGUCAAGGGCCUCUCCCUCGAAGAGGCCGGAAAAAUUAAAAACACAGAGAUCGCAAAGGAGCUCGCCCUGCCCCCCGUCAAGCUCCACUGCUCCAUGCUCGCGGAGGACGCCAUCCGCUCCGCCAUCCGCGACUACCACUCCAAGCGCUCCAAGAUGUCGGACCCCAAGAAAGCCAAGGGCUUCAUCGACGUCUCCCAGAGCGCAGCCACCGGCCAGACCGUCGCCACUGCCCACCCCGGCGGCGAGUAAUCCCGCCGUCGCCGCCUCCUCCAUGGACCCCUAUCCGUCUUUCGUUUCUUCUUCUCGCUUUUCGCUGUCGGUUUCUUGCGCUGGAGCCCCCUGUAGUGUACGAUAUCCACUAUUGCAUCUUACAUAUAUACACAUCGUCAUCGCAUGCACCUUUUUCUCGAUCC